CGGUCCCGCCCGCCGUGCAGCGACGACGGAGCCUCAAAGCUCCAGCUGUCCCCUCCGCCGUAAAGCUUUAAAGAGUAGCCGUAGCAGCGUGGCAGGAGCUCGCCGCGCCUCCCACACAUAGACAAUGGCCAAUCUCCCCAAAAAUGCCCACGUAUCGCAGCAUCCGUGCUUGCAGGCGAAGCUCUCCCAGCUGCGCUCCGCCAGCACAAGCUCCAAGGAUGUCCAGUCGCUCGUCCACGAUAUUGCCCUGAUGGUCGGCUACGAAGCCCUGGCACAGGGGCUGAAGGCGCAGCAGCAAGGCACCGACAAAUCACCCCUCGGUUACACCUACAACACCACCACCGUAUCCCCCCACCCUACCUCCAUUUCGCUGGUCCCCAUUCUGCGUAGCGGGCUGUCCAUGGUUCCCGCCCUCACCUCGCUUCUUCCCCAGCCCGUUGCAGUCCACCAUCUAGGUCUGUACCGCGAAAAGUCCACACUGCAACCUGUCGAGUACUAUAACAACUUGCCCUACCACGCACCCACCACAUCAAACCCCAACGCCAGCGGUCCAUCCGAGCUCGCCAUCAUCGUCGAUCCCGUCAUUGCCACAGGCGCGACUGCCUCUGCUGCCAUUGACAGCCUGAAGGACUGGGGCGUCAAGAGAAUCAUCGUUGUCAGCGUGCUAGCCACCGAGGAGGGUCUGCGGCAAGCCUGUGGCGAGUGGGAGGAGGGCGUCGAGGUGUGGGUAGGUGGCUGUGAUGGUGAGGUAGAUGAGAAGGGCAUGAUCAAACCUGGGCUGGGCGAUAUUGGAGACAGGCUCUUUUUGACCAUUGGAAAGUGAAUCGUGGGAAAUUUCCUCGAUACUGGAGAGCACCUUGGAUGCAUCACACAUGUCAUUACCAACAAUUUACACAAACAAUGAAAGACAGAUACAUUCAUGCCGCCGGCCA